AAAAAAAAAAGAAUAUUUAAGAGAGAAAGGAAAAGGAAACAAAAUCAUAUACAGAUUUCUGAUUGAUGUUAAUUAUUACAAUAGACAUAUAUAUUUUUUCCAUAAACAGACCAUUGACUUUCAAGUUUCCCUCCAAAACCCAUUUGACAGUUUUUUUCCUUAAAAAACUUUCUAGUUACAAAUUACAAUGUACAAUGCCAACAUUUCCCCAUUCUUUCCAUUUCCUCUCCUCCAUUAAACUUCUUCAGUUUUUCAGGUUUGGUUACAUUAAUCCUGAUGAUGCCAUUCCUAAUUCACUGCUUCUAUUGUCUUUUCAUUGCACUCUUACUGAGUUUUCAACAAGUAUCAGCAGCAGGAGGAGGAUGCAAAACAUUGUUAGUUGAUCAGUCAGGGCAUGGCAACUUUUCCACCAUUCAAUCAGCAAUUAACUACAUUCCAUCCAAUAAUGCAAAAUGGUUUUGUAUCUAUAUGACAGCUGGUAUAUACAGGGAGAAGGUGAAGAUCCCAUAUGAUAAGCCAUUUAUAAUUCUUAAAGGAGCUGGAAAGGGCAAAACUUUUGUUGUUUGGGAUGAUCACCAAUCACUUGUACAAUCCCCUACUUUCUCAUCCUUAGCUGAUAACAUUGUUGUCAAAGGCAUGAGUUUUGUGAAUUCAUACAAUAGUCCAAAUAGUAAAAAUCCAAGGGCACCGGCGGUUGCUGCCAUGAUUGGUGGCGACAAGUCUUUCUUCUAUAAAUGUGGAUUCUCAAGCGUGCAAGAUAGUUUGUGGGAUGAUCAAGGCCGCCAUUACUUCAAGCAUUGCACCAUUGAAGGUGCUGUUGAUUUUAUCUUUGGUAAUGGCCAAUCGAUCUAUGAGGGUUGUGCCAUACAUUUUCUUGGAGAAGAGUUAGAGCCAGGGCUUGCAGGUUUUAUCACAGCACAAGGAAGAACCAACCCAGUUGAUGCAAAUGGAUUUGUUUUCAAGAAUUGCAAUGUGUUUGGCAGUGGCACAACUUUCUUGGGCAGGCCAUGGAGAGGUUUUUCCAGGGUAUUAUUCUAUAACUGCCAAUUUUCAGACAUUAUUCAUCCUAGUGGUUGGCAGGCUUGGAAUUUUGUUGGUCAUGAGGACCGCUUAACUUUUGCUGAGUAUGGAAACCAUGGACCUGGAUCUGACACUUCAAGGAGGGUAAGCUGGGAGAAGAAGCUGAAUGUUGAAACUGUGAAGCACUUAACCAGCAUGUCAUUCAUUGACACUGAUGGGUGGCUUCAAAACCUGCCUGUUUAGAUAUGUAAGGUUGACUGUUGAUCAAAGUUUUCUGUUUUUUGAGUUCGUUUUAAUCAUUCCAAAAGUGUUUA